AUGACCGAUCGGAAAAUUGACAUGGCACUCAAAUUCAAUCGUGUGUGCCACGUCAUCAGACACAUGUAUUUCCACAAAUACAGCCCCAUUAACCCUAUAAUUGUUUUGUUCUUCCCCAUUUAUGCGCAGAAUUCUCAAAAAAAAGAAAAAAGAAAGAGCGGCGACGAUUUCUUUCCCAUCUUUCCCAGCGAUUCCACGGGCGGCGUUCCCAAGCGCUACGAUCUCAAGCUCAAACCCCAUCUAACAGCCUGUAAAUUUUCCGGUGCCGUUCAAAUUUCCGUCAACGUUAUUUCGGACACCAAGUUCGUCGUCCUCAACGCAGCAGAGCUCGUUGUCGAUCCUAAAUCCAUCACUUACACAUCCAGUGAUAAGAAUGACAGACUUGUGAAGAUAUCUUUUUCUUCAGUUAUUGCGUUGGUGAGAGAACAAUCGAUUUCAUUCGGGAAAGGAUAG